UCAAGAUGGCGCGCUGCAGCUAGUGAAGGGGACUAAUAGUAGCCGGUCGUUCGCGUGAAGAACAUGUUCAGAACAUCAUGUAGCAGACUGCAGGGAGUUUGGAAAUGCCUUCCGCACGAUGGUUUGGUUGGUGCCAGCGUGCAGCAGAAGCUCAUCACAAAUGCAUCCAGGAGUCACUUGAGUGCCAGAAGUCUGAUUCAGCUUUGCAAGAAGAAUCAAGCAGAAUGGAUGACGUUCCAACAUCUCUGCUUUCUGAAGAGACAGUAUGUGACACGCAGCAGUGCUCUCUGUCAAAGAGCAAGACCCAAGCAGGAGACUGUUACCUCUGUCUUGGAUGACCGAGAAGAUUCGGUGCUCAGGCAAGUUGAUCAAAUUCCAAACAUCAAGUCUGAGUCUGGUACCGCAGUGCCAGCAUGUGACCCGCAGAACGUCCAGAGUGAACCAGAGGCGGCCAGGGCGGCCCGCUUGGAGGUCAGACAGUGGAAAGAGCUGAAGGUCGAGUACAGUGAUUUACCGGGGAUUUACGCACGACUCUCCAAAAUUAAACUGACAGCUCUUGUGGUUACUACAGCUGCUGCUGGUUAUGCCAUGGCUCCAGUGCCCUUUGACCCUGUCACUUUUAUUAUGGCUUCAGUUGGAACAGGUCUCUGUUCCUGUACAGCCAAUUCCAUUAAUCAGUACUUUGAGGUGCCCUUCGACUCGAACAUGAAUCGUACCAAAAACAGACCUCUGGUCAGAGGACAAAUAAGCCCACUUCACGCUGUCUCGUUCGCACUGGCGUGUGGGAUCCCAGGUUUGACCCUGUUGACCCUGGGUGUCAAUCCUCUGACCGGCUUCCUGGGUGCUCUGAACAUCUUCCUGUACACGUGCUGCUACACUCCCCUGAAACGCCUCAGCAUCACAAACACCUGGGUGGGCGCGGUGGUGGGCGCCAUCCCACCUGUAAUGGGCUGGACGGCAGCCACUGGCUCUCUCGAUCCAGGAGCACUCUUGUUGGGAGCGUUCCUGUUCUCUUGGCAGUUUCCUCACUUUAACGCUCUGAGCUGGAACCUGAAGGAGGACUACUCGCGCGGCGGGUACCGAAUGAUGUCCGUCACACAUCCCGCCCUUUGUAAGCGCGUGGCCCUCCGCCACAGCGUGGGCCUGAUCGGGCUCUCGGCCUUGGGUCCUGUCCUGGACGUCACCACGUGGACCUUCCCCUUAGUCUCACUGCCCAUUAACCUUUACAUCAGCUACCUGGCCUUACAGUUCUAUCGCCAUGGUGACAGGCAGAAUGCCCGCAAGCUGUUUUUCUGUAGCCUCUGGCAUCUGCCCAUGCUGCUUCUGUUGGCACUCACCUGCAAGAAGAGCCGUGUGACACGGGACGAGGGAGAUGUAGCCGCCGGUACAACAUCUUUGGCUGUGUAGAGCUAACACAAACACCUGUAUGGCCGUUGUUGAUCCUGACUUGAUGUCAGCCUCGAUAUCUUGGAGUUAAGAACGGAUACCAAAGGUUAUGCAACUUGGAAAGGGAAAGACAAAAUCGAAAACGUGCAUAACGGACAUAAGCUCUGCACUGUUGAGGUUUCCAUCAGGGAAGAAUACCGAUUCAUCUGUGAAUGAACAGAAGUCAUUUAAAAAUCAGAUUUCACUCAGGUACACAAAUCAAUAUUGUGUGUGUAAAUAUAUAUUAUAUUUAUUGGAUGUAGUCCUGUUGUUGUCUAUAAAUAUAUUGACACUAGCCAAUAUGAUUAUAGACAAUUAAUAUACAAAAAAUGACUAACUUCAUAGUGUAUAAACAAAGAAUCAACACAUCACACGUUGGCAAUUUGGUGUAAUGUGCUCUUUGCUCUGGACAUUUUGGUUUGAUGCAAUAUAGACUUGAUAAAGAACGGUUUGUUAUAAUGCAAAUAGAAACACAGGAAUGUUAUCCGUUUGUCUAUUUACUUGGUAAAUUAGGACAUGUCAGAAUCCCGAGAUGGUUAAAAUUAACCAAAAAACUAAUUAUAAAUAAUAAAUACAUUUGGUCUGCCUGUGAGCCAAUUCCGUAUUUUGCAUCCUUGUUUAAAACUUCAUCUGAGUUCAUUGAAUAAUGGCUUUGAAGAGCCCUUUUCCGAUAUUGCUGUAUUUCAGUGUAUCAAAACACAUCCAACUCUGUUAGCUCGGUCAGAAUUUGUUGUUGUACCCAGAAUUUUGUUGCGUGAAUAAACAACACAGGAACGAGUUUGCUUAGACCGAGUAAUGCAGUGCUCGACGUGUUCAUUCUGCAUUCAGCACCUUCACGGUUCACUCAAAUCUUGACCUCACUGUACAAAUGACUCGUAAGAUACGAAAGAAAAGAGUUCUUUUAAAUAAAAAGUCUUG